CGCCGGAGGUGAUCACCGAAUUGUUCACUGAUGCGUUGAUAGUUCUCUCUUAUUCCGCUUUUUUUUUAUGACGUAGUAACUGGUAGCCUUCGAUCUAACCCUCCUGUUUUUUUUGUUGCUUGCAGGUAACAAUAUGGAUGUUGGUUCCCUCUUCGCUUUGAAAAACGCGAAAGGGAAGAAGAAGGCCUCGGCGGGCGCUUCUGCCAGGGAGGGGCCCUCUCAAACUGCUGGCGCUGCUGCUGGCGCCGGAGGGUCCAAGGGUGCUGGGCCCGUUAAAAAGAAGAUUGCUGGAAAGGGGACCGAGCCCCCGGCCAAGAAGCCGAAGACCACCGCCCCUACCAAACAACCGAUCACCGACGUGGUGGUGAUUGUGGACGAAGGGCACGCUUCUGCCUCCACCCCCCAGGAACAAAUCAAUCAGGAGUUCUUUGGGCGGGAGAGGUUGGAGGCGUUAGUACCGAAGGGGGCCUCCGUGUUGGAGGGCAGCUUGAACCCUUCGGCUCUGAUGAGCCAGAUGCUGCUGUCGGCCGACCGACUGGCCCUUGCCCGGCUGGACGAGGGAUCCCUCGAGGCGAAGGUCCUCCUGAAUGCUGCCUCCACUUUUAUGGGCCUCUGCGAGCACCUCCGAAGGGUGGAUCAAAUGAGGGAGGCCAAGGGUGCCGCCGAUGGGGAGGCCGUCCUCCUCAGGAAGAAGCUUGCUGAAGCCGAGGACUCUCUCCGUCUGGCCACCGACGGCAUGGAGCAGAGGGUGCAGGCUGCAAGGGCCGAAGGGGUCAAUGAGGGGCUAGCCAGGGCCGGGGAGGCCGCCGCCGAGGCCGCCCGUAUUACUGCCGAUGAAGCCCGCGCGGCUCAAGAAGAGGCCGUCUCCAAGGCCCGAGAGGAUGCGGUGAUCAGCUUCACGUCCGAAGGGUGGAAGGCCGAAGACCGGAGGGAGUGGCUCGCUUCGGUGGUGGGGGCUUCAGUAGACGAGUGGGUCGGGGGCCCCGGAAAGAUGUGGCUUGCUGAGAGGGGCGACUCGUACUACUAAGGCGGGGAGUUCUUCACCCAACGCCUCAUCUACCGGAAGCUUGCGAAGCACUUUCAGGUGGCACCGGAGGAGUUCCGUCCAGAAGCUUAUGGUCUCCCCCCCCCUAGCCAGAUGUCAGGAUCCCGCUACCCGAGGGGGAAGAGAGGCCAGUUCUUGAAGACUCGGAGACCCUCCGGGAGUGCGGCCUUGGGGGUGAAGAAGAUGAAGCCGAGAGCGAGGCGAUGUCCACAGUACCCCCUUCUUGAAUUGUAAUCCCCCCUUUUGUGUUGUAAUUGUUGGCCUCGGCCUCCUUUGUAACAAUGCAUUUAAACUCCCUUUUUUGAAUGAAUGAGUACAUAUAUGCCCUCGGGCCUUU